AUGGCUCUCGCUAGUGGGGCAGAACAGGGUAAAGCCAGGGGCAAGCGGCAGCAGACAGAAAUGAUCUGGCAUCGAGCAGACGCUGCGGAGCUGGGGAUCCCUCCGUCCACGGGGUGGGCUUGUUGUCUUGUUACGAUUGCAUUCUGGCACUGGCACUUAAUUCAUUCUGUACGGAUACGACCUUACUCGCUCCUCGUCGGGUCGACCCUCACUAGCCCAAAGAGGGCAUUCCAGGAAGUGAGGCCUAAGGUGCCCGCCCGACACAUCGAACAAUCGCACAUCGCCAUCGCCAUCGACACAUGGACAUUCUUCCGAAACAUGGGAAAGGCAAAUUCAACCAACGCAACCUAUGGAGGCCCGAUCUUUCGGCAUCAUCGUUCUCGUGCGACGCUACGCCUGCCCGCUUGCGUGGAAAGAGGCAACGCAGGCGAAAGGCAGAAUGGAAAAGAGAGACAGGUGAUGCAAUUUCAGAUUCGCCCUCCUGAGGUGAUCGAGGGAUACGCUGCCGCCUGCAGUCGGCGUUUGACCUGGGCCAAGCUUGCCAGGGCCAGCGUAGAAUAUGCUGUACCGGUCAGGUUAGAGGAGCGUCGCCUCGCCUGUGGUUCGGACCAUAGUCGUCGCACUGGAUUGUUGUACCCUACAGUAGCGUAGAAUAGCCC